AUGACCUUUACGAGCAUGUCGUCUACGAAAUUGGCUGAGAAUGUUCCUCGUGCCGAUAUAACCCAUCUAAAACCAACUACGAUACAGAAUGGAAUCGACGUUUCAGCAAAUGUUCGUUCUUGGAAAUCAUACCUUUGGGAUACCUUUGAUAAGAGUCCCGCUGAAAGGCGGCUACUCUUCAAAAUCGAUGCCACUCUGGUAACCUUUGGGUGUUUGGGCACUUUUAUCAAGUUUCUCGAUAGAGCUAAUCUGAACACCGCCUUUGUAUCUGGUAUGAAGGAAGAUCUACAUCUGUAUGGAAAUCAACUCAACUAUGCCAAUACUUCCUACAGCAUUGCUUCGAUCAUCGCUCUAGUACCAGUCAAUCUGCUCUUGACCCGAACGAAUCCGAGAUAUUUUAUACCAUUUCUAGAGAUUGGAUGGACCAUAUGUACUUUUGGACAGUCACGGAUGAACACACCUACACAGCUAUACGUCUUGCGAGCACUUCUUGCAAUAUUCGAAACAGGCCAUUAUUCAGCAAUUAUGUUCCUCUGUGGUUCCUGGUAUCAGAAGGGAGAAUUGGCCAGGCGCAUGGCAAUUGUCAAUAUGGCUGCUCAAGCUGGCCCUAUGUUUUCCGCAUAUCUUCAAGCCGCUGCUUAUUCAGGGCUCAACGGGGUUCACGGACUGGCCGGUUGGCGCUGGUUAUUCCUAAUCGACGGGGUCAUAUCUCUAGGCAUCAUAAUUCCACAGUUAUUUCUACUUCCCGAAGUACCGUCACGUUUGAAGCCAAACUUCAUGUUUUCAGCAGAGGAAAUUGAACUUGCGAGAGAUAGACAACCCAAGGAAGGCCGAGUAAGGCAAGGCGCAUUCUCUCGAGCACAGGUUCUGAGAUGGUUUACAACGCCCGAAAUCUGGAUACUCUGGUUAAUCGCUGCUUCCCAAAACAUUGGCUAUCUCCCAAACCAGUCUAUGGCAUUUUGGUUCAAGGCGUGGAACAAGAUAAAGCCGAAGAGUUAUACAGUGCAACAAAUUAAUAAUUAUACGACUCCUAUUUACGCAACGACAAUUACCAUCACCACUUUAAUGGCCUGGGCUAGUGAUACUGUAUUCAAAGGUCGCCGUUGGCCAAUGCUUAUUCUAGGAGGAGCAGUCAACUUCGUAACUGGCUGGGGAGAGGCAUCUAAUUGCAUGUUUUGGGCCUGGACCAACGAGAUAUUAUCUGGUGAUCCUGCUACUCGUGCUUUUGCUGGUGCUGGUCUCCAAGUCUGGUCCCAAGUAUUUGCGGCAACUAUUCCCCUUGCUGUCUUUCAGACGGUCGAUCAACCUCGUGUCAAGGCCGGCAACUUCACCGCAGCAGGUUUCUGGAUUGUCCAGAUAAUUUGUGCUUCUGCUCUGGCCUAUAUGCUAAAGUACAAGAAUAGAAAAGGGUCGCAGCUAUUUCAGGACGUUCCGGACGAAGGAAGUGAAAACGAAAGUAAUAAUGAUCUCCAAGGAAAGGGCGGUGCUCAGCCGCAUGUGAUAUCCAUCUAA